UUUCCUUACUUCCGGUGAUGGGGUGCGCGCGAGUGUGUGGGUAGAACGCCCCCAAAAAGACAAUGUUUACUUUCCUUGAUAGUUUAACUGGUGCGAUCGAAUACCGCAAAGAUGAACAAGCUUGUGAUUUAUUUUAAGUAAAGUGAACGGUGAAAAUAAAAUGGCCAGCAAAGUGAGCCCGAAGAUUGUGUCCGUGUGGCAGAAAGCAGUCGAAGCUUUCGAUGACAACCGCCUAGAGGAGGCGAGAGAGCAGUUUCGUGAAAUCCACGACCACUCUGCAAAGAUAUCAUUCAACUUGGCCACUGUUGAUCUCCUAUCUAAAAACUACGCAGCAGCCUUAGAGAAUCUGAAUCAGUGUGUCCAAAGAGAUCCCUAUUUGGCUGUAGCAUAUUUCCAACGUGCCAUUACAGAAUAUUUUCUUGGAAGGCUAGAGAAUGCACAGCAAGAUUUUGCACAAGCUAAACUAAAUAUUAGAAAUGGAGAAUUCAUCGACUACCGUCAGCUAGGCAUGCCUGUCAAGUUAACAGUAGAACAGGUUCAGCAAAACCAGAAUACUCUGGAGAAAAUAAGGCUACAGAAUGCCAGUAGAAAGAUUGCUGAAGGCGAUCUUAUUACUUUGCCCCUGGAGACAUGCAUAUUCAGACCAGCCAAAAGUCUUGUUGAUAAUUUGGAAAAGAAACAGUUUCUGCCGCAGUCUAAGGUGGUGUCUUAUAUCACCGGCUAUGGUAUUGAAGAAUCUGACAGAUUUAGAAAACCACAACCAGUUUUGAAAUCCCACUCCACACCUGUGUCACCUGAAACCAGCCGAAAAGUGUUACCAGACAAAGAAAUAACAGACAUUAGAGGGACUAGAGCAUGGACACCCCCACCAGCCAGGCCUCCACCUCGUGUACCUCCUCCAUCGUCGUCUGUCACUACAGUCAUUCAUGGGAACAGUAACAGUAAUGCUUUCAUUUGCAGUCCUACUGUCAAGUUACAGGCACAGGUUUCUUCUGGGUGUGUGUCAGUGUCCCAGUUAAACAAGGGAAGUAAUCAUAAAGACGGGUCAUCAGCUCAGGUAAAAGAGAGGUAUCCUCCCCUUUCUUUGCCUGCAAGGGAAUCUGAUGUGACCAGCAUGAUACAGAAACUAAAUGGCAGCUCAGUCACAGAUGGAAAAAAUCAAGGUCACAAGCCUGUCAGUGGAAGCAAUGGUUUAUCUUCAAGAAGUUUACAAAAAGAGCCAAAAGGCAUAGAACGAAGACCAGGUCCUCCAACAAGACUUCCACCACCUCGACCUGAUGUUUCACCUUCCCAGGCAUUUGCAAGACCUAAACCUUAGCAGGCAUUAUUUCAGUUUUCAUAAUUUUUUUAAUGUGCUUCUUUAAGCUGGCUUUGUUCUGAAAAUCUGAUUGGUCUUCUAUUCUAUCCGUCUGGCAUUUAAAUUAUAUCAUUCAUGUAAUCCAGGGUUACCACCGCAUCCAGGUUUGCCACCACAAAAAUGGUUUGUUUGGACUAUUUGUGAUGCAUGAAUGAUAAGUUGCAUGGAUAUGCUAAAAAUUAUUCUCUUAUGUAGUCUGUUUAUUUUUGUGACAAUUUUAUCAUUCUUGUUGCAUCAGAGGAAUGUGAUGUACAAAAUGUACUUCUUCAUAUUUUACAUUAUUUUUAUGUCAUUAUAACAUGCUGUGAAUUUUAAAUUGUGGGUAACAACUUCAUAUGGGUGAAGAUUGUGUUUAUUUAAUUUUGUCCAAUGCUUUAUACAUUUUUCUUUUAAUAUUUUGUGAACAAAGGAUUAUACACAUACUUUUUGUCUAACAUUUAUAAUUUAGAAAGUCAUUCUGCUCUUCACCAUAUUGUCAUUUCUAGUGUUUUUUGUGUAGUGAUGUAGUCUUGUCAUUAACAUGUUUUUACUAUAAUGUGGAAAUACUUACAAAGUGAUAAAUUAAAAUCAAGGUUCUUACACUGAUGCCUUUUUUAUGCAGACAAAGUCCCAUGUAUCUUUCUCAAUGAUGCUAUAUAUAAUGAUAAUACAAAAUCCAUCUUCCGAUAAGAGUUUGUUUUGUAAUCUUGAACCUGUGUACAUUAUUCUUAUCAUUAAUUUAAAUUCCAUUCUAUUACCAAUCCAUAUCAGAUCUGUUUACACCGGGGACAAUCCAGUGAGCAAACCUACACUUUUAUUUUGCAUGUAUUUUCCAAGCCUUCAGAAUAAUGGUAUUUACUGCUGAAUUUGAUAUUUAAUAUUAUGUUUGAUGGAAGAGUCAGCCUAGCAAAAUAUGUAUAUGCUGUCAUGUUUUUUAAUAGAGGUUAUCAUACUUUUUUUUAAUGAAAGAAUUUUGUGUUUUAUAUUUUGCUUGGAUACAGAUGACAUAUAGAAAAUGCUGGACUUCUUUAGCUAUAUUUGUUCUGUAUAUAUUGAUUACACUGUUGUUAGUGCUUUUGCACUUGAAUAACAUUAUUUUAGUAUUGUAGUCAUAGUCAAGACCCCGUAGUCGUUGGUCAUAUUUGGCAGCCGUUCAUGUUGGCAAGGGAGAGAACUGAGGUUUUGUUUUCGUUUUCACAAAAUGUUAUGCAUAUUCUUAAUUAACUUCAUAGCAAACAAAAAGAAAAAAAAAAACCACAAAAACAAAUAAACAAAAUAAAAAUUUCGUUUCUUAAUUUUAAUACGAAAAACAAAAAAUAUAUGCACACACGCACGCCCUUUUGAAAUAAUAGUGGAGAAAGAACAGGUCGUUAUCCUUAUAUUUAAGAAGAAAAAAAAACCUACAGAACAUGAAAAAAACUUUAUAUCGUUUCGCAUUCUGUUACAACUAUUGUCACAUGAUUUAUAGCAUACACGGUAUAUCAUAGAGAGCACGCAGGCAUGCAAAGCCCACUCACACAUCACCCUUCUUUCGAGACACACAAAAUAUGACAUUAUCUGGUUUCUUCUUCCACCAGUUUAUUUUCAGACCACAGAUAAUAAACAGAAAAUCGGCACAGAAAUAUUUGACUGUUGGGCUUCACAGGCUUUGCUUUACAUAUAUCUUGGGUGAAUUGCGUGAGAUCGAGAGACAAAAAGAAUGGCAGGGUCUUCUGGUGGAAAAAAAAGAACGAAAACAGAUAAAAAGUAUCUUGUAAAAAAUGAUUUUCGCUAAAAGACCUACCAACAAAACUACUAAAAUUUGGAACUGUCCUAAUGAGCAUACGCUAAUAAUAAUAAAACAUAAGCAGGUUGCGUAGCAUCGUAAGUGUUUUUCUACAGUUCUAAUCCUUCAAAUGGGGAGGGGGAGGUACCUUUGCUGAAGUUAAGCGUUUACAGUGGGUAGAGAUGAACUGCAGCAUGUGAAACUGGUGUGACGAUGAAUUAAGGUUCGUCUUAAAACCCUUGUUACAGUCAAAAUCAGAGACGAGCCGUGCCAAGGUGUAUAUGAGGUGGGGUUAUCUAACACUUUCACACGCGCCAAAAAAAGAGAGAGAGAAAAAAAAAACCUCCCAGAAAUCUGCACGUGCAUCUUCUUCUGUGAAAUCGGGUGGAGCGGCUCUAACAUUCGUCUUUUUUUUUUCGACGCUGUUCUUAACACGCCCUCCCAGUACAUGUUGUCUAUAGAUGGCGCAUCUCAAGAAAAGCAAAAUUAGUAAAUUCUAGAGUAAAAGUAAGAGAUGUUAAAGAAUCCGUGAUGGAUUCGGCGUCCUAUAUCAUCUCAUUGAAGGAAUAAUAAAAGGCAUUAAGGCGAACAACGCAAAAAUAAUAAAUAAACCAACCAAACGAGUGGAGAAUGGAAGGGCAAACGUGAUAGAACGAGUAAGGGGGUCAACCGACGAUGGAUGAAAACAGACAAGAAAUUAGAAAAUCAUCAAAUCAAAGAAAAUAAGAUAAAAAAAAAAAAAAGAGGUGCUAGUGAUUUUGCAAAUGAAAAAAAAAAAAAACAACAUACAAGGAGAGAAAAUAAAAAUCGUGACAAAGAUAAACUAUGUACUACAUGAAACUCAAAAGUUAGGGCAUACGAAAUACAAGGGGGCAGAAAAAUGACAGAACCAAUAAUUUUGAAAGCACAAGCCUUAAACAUCCAUUAGCAACAUUAAUCUUGUCAACGAUGGAGGGAUGGGCUUUGGAACAAAUAAGAUAUGAAGAGAGCGGAUCACAGUGUGCUGGCAUACGGCAGGAAGGUCACAGGGCAUUCAUCCAUGCAAUAUUCGGACAUCUGGUCUGGUCUGCAGCCGUUGAAAUAUUUUAAAUUUCUAAAGUGUACGCAGGAGGAGGACAAUGGGGAAAAGAAUCGACAAAAAAACAAAAUACAAAAAAAAAAAAACAAAAAAAAACCCCCAACCUAGGAAACCCCACAAAAAACAACAAAAACCAACCAACCAACCAAACAAACAAACAACACACACACAAAAAAAAAACCACAACAAAAAACCAAAAACAGAAGCCAAAAAAAAAAAAAAGACAAGGAGGAGCUUUAACGGCUGACAGGGGGUCACGGCCAGGUGCAUAAUGCUUGGCAUGGCGCUAGCUGGAUGGCUGAGCGCGGUACCACUCAGCUAAACUGUGGUUGUUUUUAUGUUUUGCAUUAACCAUCAAGCUUGCACCUACACCGACUUGUAUUGCACCUGGCAGCCACCCAUCUACCCCAACCCCUCCGAGUGGUUUCUGCUGCCAGCUCUUGGACAUGCGCAGCGAGUCUUAAAUCAGAGUGGACCGCCCAUUUCUUACAACCAUUAUUAGAAACGUUUUGAACUACUCCCUCCCUCCCACACCACUUGUUCCCGUGAAUUUUAAUGCGCUGUUCACACAUUUUAAACGGUGAUUACGGCUUCUAAUUUUUUUUUACUUCGUUUUUUUUUUUUGUUUUUUGUUUCUAUGCUCGUCGUGUCUCGUGCCACAUACGCCUGCAUAAAAAACAAAGAAAAAACAAAGACGAAGUAAAACUGCAGAUCUGUGCUAUGUAAUGGGUCAGAAUAGUUCUAUCUAAAAGGCCCGAGCAGUCUGUCAGAUAACAGAGUAACCUAGCAACAAAAUUAACGCACGUAGCCUAAUUUAGCAAAAAAAUAUAUUCCCUCCCACCCCCAACGAUGCCACAUGCACAGAAAGAAGAACAUACCAGAGAGGAGAUCUGAACCCAGGAAAUCAAUUUAAGGGGGUGUGGGAGUGGAACCUAACAGCACAUCUCAUCCCCUAUCUUCUAUGCCUAUUUACAAAAAAAAAAGAAAGAAAAAAAAAACGAACUCGAACGCAUGUGCUUAUCACAAGAAUAUAUACAAAAGACUAGUAAAAAAAAAA